GUUUGUCUACAUGUUUUUCAUGUAUGGGGCAUCAAUUUCUGGGUGGAAGUAUUGUAGACCACUUAUUGCAGUUGAUGGAACAUUUCUAAAAAAUAAAUAUAGAGGUGUUCUGUUAGUGGCUGUUACAAAAGAUGCAAAUAACCAGAUUUUUCCUAUAGCAUUUGGGGUAGCGGAUUCAGAGAAUAACGAAUCAUAUGAAUGGUAUUUCAGAGAAUUAAGAAAAGCAAUUGGGAUUCGUAAGGAUUUAGUGUUUUUGUCAGAUCUACACAAGCCCAUUGCAAAUGGUAUUGCAAAAGUUUUCCCUGAGUGCUACCAUGCUGUUGUUGAUAAGAAAACAUUUAAUUAUUUGAUGGAGGAACCACCAGGAAGGUGGGCUCGUUCACAUUGUCCGAGAAGACGAUAUGAUAUGUUAACAACAAAUAUUGUUGAGUCAAUGAAUAAUGUAUUGAGACGUGCAAGAGAAUUGCCACUUUUAACAAUGAUGGAUUUCAUACAAGAAAAGUUGCAAAGCUGGUUCUAUGAAAGAAGGACAAUUGCAGAAGGAAUAUUCCGUGAGAUAUCAACUUGGGCAGAAGCAACAUUGGAAGAAAAAAUUAAACCAACUUUUACAUUUAGAGUAUUGCCCAUUGAUCGACUCAAAUUCAAUGUGAAAGAAGGGGGUAUGGAAUUUAUUGUUGAUCUAGACAAAAGAACAUGUGAUUGUUGUCAAUUUCAGCUGGAUGAAAUACUUUGUGAACAUGCAAUUGCUGCAAUUGAUAGUAUAUAUCAAAAGAAAUCGGCCUUUUGCUCAGCCUAUUAUUCAAGGGACUUUUGGUUGAAAACAUAUGAAGGGCAAGUAAAUUCUAUAGGUGAUUCAUCGACAUGGGUUAUACCAGAAACUAUUAAAUCAGAAAUCACUAAGCCUCCAGAUGCAAAAGUAAUGCUAGGAAGAAGACAGAAGAAUCGACAUGUUUCCGGUACAGAAUUCAAGAAGGAACCAAGAUGUGGUUGCUGCAAACAAUAUGGGCAUAACAGAACAAAUUGCACAAAUUCUGCUGUAGUUCAUCCUUAUGCAAGAAAUACAGGAAAAAAAAUGAUUGAUUAUAUACAAUAA